AUGCAAGUCAAGUUUUUGGCAACCUUGUUGCCGCUUUUGCUGCAUCUUCCCGCGGCUGUGGACGCGUCCGCAGGGAUAAAUGAGCGCAUUUCGGCGUCCCUGCGGAGACACCUUGGAAGAGAUGUGCAGACAGACUCCAAUUCGACUAACGUCUACCCGACCCGAUUCUCUGGCGUGACCUGGGAUGAUGAUCACUGGUUGCUUACCACCACCACACCCGACCAGGGCCAUUACCAGUCGCGUGGCUCGGUUGCAAAUGGUUACAUGGGAAUUAAUGUCGCCAGCAUUGGUCCUUUCUUUGAGCUCGAUGACCCAGUAAACGGUGAUGUCAUUUCUGGGUGGCCCCUGUACUCCCGACGCCAGAGUUUCGCAACCCUCUCUGGAUUCUGGGAUAGACAGCCCAAGACUAACUCGUCAAACUUCCCUUGGCUCUCUGAAUACGGUGAUGACAGUGUCAUCAGUGGUGUUCCGCACUGGAGUGGUCUGAUCCUUGACCUCGGAGAUGACACAUACCUCGACGCCGAAGUGGAUAACCGUACAAUCUCGGAUUUUGAGUCUACCUACGACUUCAAGUCGGGCGUGCUGUCCUGGUCGUAUACCUGGACACCCGAAGGCAACAAAGGCUCUUAUGCAAUCGUCUAUCGACUCUUCGCGCACAAGCUUUUCGUGAACCGAGCCGUGGUGGAUAUGGAAAUCACCCCCUUGACGAACGGCAAUGCUACGGUGGUCAACGCUCUGGACGGCUAUGCGGCUGUCCGUACGGAUUUUGUCGCAUCUGGAGAAGAUGACGGCGCGAUCUUUACCGCUGUGCGCCCUUGGGGUGUGAACAACGUUACGGCCUACGUCUAUGCGGGUUUGAGUGGCUCUUACAAUGUCGACUUGUCGUCGCGUAGGAUCGUCACAGACAAGCCGUAUGUGCACACCAACGACUCGUCUAUCGCACAGGCAGUCGACGUCAAGUUUACUGCAAACGAGACUGUCCGGAUUACCAAGUUCGUCGGUGCCGCUACAACGGAUUACUUUCUCCUCACACAGGAAACAGCCAGGGCCGCAUAUCUUGCUGGACUGGCUGAAGGCUACACCGUCUCGCUGCAGUCGCACGUUACAGAGUGGGCUGGGAUCUUGCACGAGUCCUCGGUCGACCGCUUCAUGGACCCGGCAACCGGCAAGCUGCCCGAUGACAGCCACAUCAUCGACUCGGCGAUCAUUGCUGUCACAAACACCUACUUCCUUCUGCAGAACACUGCGGGAAACAAUGCGGUCAUCGCGGCUGGAAUUCCUGUGAACGUUGACAGUUGCGCUGUCGGUGGACUUACAUCCGAUUCGUAUGCUGGGCAGAUCUUCUGGGAUGCGGAUCUCUGGAUGCAGCCUGGUCUUGUCGCGUCCCACCCAGAGUCUGCUAUGCGGUUCACCAACUACCGCAUCGCUUUGCAUUACCAAGCUCAGGCAAACAUCGACACUGCAUUCACAAGCUCGAAGAACGAGACUUCGUUUAGUUCUUCGGCGGCGAUCUACCCCUGGACCAGCGGCAGAUUCGGGAACUGCACUGCAACCGGACCGUGCUGGGACUAUCAAUAUCACUUGAACGGUGACAUCGGACUGGCGCUGGUCAACCAAUGGGUUGCAAGCGGUGACACGUUAUGGUUCCAGAACUAUCUGUUCCCAAUUUACGAUUCAGUAGCCAUUCUUUACUCGGAACUGGUUGAGCGUAAUGGAUCGUCCUGGACGCUGACCAACAUGACCGAUCCGGACGAGUAUGCCAAUGCGAUCGAUGGCGGCGCUUACACGAUGCCGCUGAUUGCCGAAACUCUGCAGAAUGCCAACAAGUUCCGCAAGCAGUUUGGCCUGGAGCCGAAUGAAACUUGGGAGGAGAUUGCAGAUAACAUCCUCAUUCUCCGCGAAAACGGCGUGACUCUGGAGUAUACAACGAUGAAUGGGUCCACUGUUGUCAAGCAGGCCGAUGUUGUGCUCGACACGUUUCCCUUGAAUUUCGAGUCGGACAACUACACGGCUGAGAAUUCGCUGACCGACUUGGACUACUAUGCAAACAAGCAAUCCCCAGAUGGACCAGCCAUGACAUAUGCUAUCUUCUCAAUUAUCGCCAGUGAUGUCUCCCCGUCCGGCUGCUCUGCCUACACCUACCAUCAGUACUCCUACGCCCCAUACGCACGCGGCCCAUGGUACCAGCUAUCCGAGCAGCUGAUCGACGAUGCCAGCAUCAAUGGUGGAACCCACCCGGCGUUCCCGUUCUUGACCGGCCACGGCGGUGCAAACCAGGUGGCCCUCUAUGGGUACCUCGGUCUCCGUCUCCACCCUGAUGACACCCUCUACAUCGACCCUAACCUCCCGCCUCAAAUUCCCCACAUUACUUACCGGACAUUCUACUGGCGUGGCUGGCCAAUCUCCGCGUGGUCCAACUACACGCACACCACACUCCAGCGGGUGUCAUCUCCUGCACCACUGGUGAGCGCAGACCUCCUUUAUGCCGCUACCAGCAUCAAGGUCCAGGUCGGCCAGUCCACCGCCAGUGCAAACGAGACAACCACAUACGAGCUUCCCGUUUCAGGAACACUGACCGUUCCCAAUCGCAUGAUCGGGUCCGUCAACACAACUCCCGGUAACCAAGUCCAGUGUCAUCCCGUCUACUCGCCGGAUGACUACGAACCAGGCCAGUUCCCCAUCUCUGCCGUUGACGGCGCCACAUCCACCAAGUGGCAGCCGUCGACAUCAAACCUGUCUUCAUUGACAGUCACCUUGUCCACCACAACCAACCCGCAAGCAGAGGCAGUCUCUGGCUUCUACUUCGACUGGUCUCAGGCCCCGCCUCAGAAUCUAACCAUCAUCUUCCACGAUUCUCCCAUCUCAAACCCCUCAACGCUAUUCGCUGCCUCUACCUCAAACUCAACCGAAUACCAAGUGGUGACAUCCCUGUCCAAUAUCGUCCCAUCCAAGCCAUACGACACCAUCUCCGCCGAGGAACUAAACACCGUCUCCAUCCCCACCGGCAACACCACAACCAUCACUCUGGAUACCCCCAUCCAAAAAGCCCAGUACGCCACGCUUCUGAUCGCAGGUAACCAAGGCGACAAUGAAUCCGGUGUCGGUGCUACCGUAGCCGAGUGGGUCAUUCUGGGACCGUCGUUGAACAGCACUUCCAGUUCCAGCUCGGCGGCACUGGCUCGGCGGAAGAUGAGUGCCAGAAGCAAGGCCACCUUGGCUCGAUACAGCUAA